AUGGAAACAAAACCGCCGCCUCUGUCGGUCCUUCCAAGCGGGGACUACUACUUCGACGACGGCGAUGUCGUCGUGCAAGUAGAAAGCACAUUGUUUCGCAUCCAUGCGUAUCACCUCCGUCGUACCACUUCAUUCUUUGAUGAGCGUCUCGAGCCUCGCAAAGGAGUCUUGGGCGCAGGAGCGAGCCAGGACCUAUCAAGAAUCGUGCUCGAAGAUGUCACGGUUGAGGCCUUUCGUGAUCUUCUCUGGUUCUUCUAUGAGUCGGCCUAUAAUCAAAGGGACGCACCCUGCCUCAAAGAUAAAUGGGAGCGCAUUUUCUCGCUGGCCUUGACAUAUCAGAUGCUGCCUGUUUUGCGAGCUGCGAGUUCUGUGCUGGAUGGCUUGGGCCUAUUGGACGAAGUCCGGAAGGUUGUGCUGUGCGCGACGCUUGGGGUUUCCUCGCGGACCACUUUCGGUGCUGCAGGUGCUCUGAAGAUGAUCAUCCUUCGAACCAGACCUUUGUCCGAUGUAGAGAGCCGGCUAUUAGGUCUUGGCGCGACCGUUGCUGUUUCGCGUGCUCGCGAGCAAGCACUGAUCAGUAGCUGCGCCGACUCAUCCCCGUCCUGUCCUUCAUGUGGACGAGAGGCUAUAUGCUAUCGUGGCAUGCACAUUUGUCACCGGAGGAGCAAAGGCAGCGGCGAGUGCAAGCAUCAUUAUCGCAGAUGCCCGAAUGCAGGAUCCUACAUGACGAAAGCCAGCAUUCAAGCAAUGCUGGAUCUUGUUGCGCCCUAUGCAGGUAUAUACAUACUGCGACGUGCGUCCGAACCCUACCACCAAAUUGGCGUUGCUCACCUUCAAGUAUUACAGAUUGGGGGUCGAAUCUUCUUUCUACAUAGCUACCACCUUCGAAGGGCGUCGAAAGUUUUCCGGACUAUGUUUACACUUCCUGCCGAACAGUCGUGCCCCGAAGGUGCAACGCAAGAUCGACCGAUUCAACUGCAGUUCACGAAUAACGUCGCUUUCGCGAACCUUAUGUGGUUCUUCUACCGGUACCCGUAUAAAUGGCAAGUGGCAACUGCUCACGGAAACUAUGGUUGCUCAUUCUUCCGCUCUAGGACGUCCGCGGUCGACGACGACGACGUCCAUAACUGGGAAUCCAUCCUGAUAAUCGCGGACCGCUUCGACAUGGAAGACGUUAUCCAGACGGCUUUAUACAAUCUAGGCAAGAUGAACGCGCUGGAGGAUGUUCGCAAGAUAUCUCUGAGCGACAGAUACACCAUUGACCCCGAAUGGGCGUUCGAUGCUUUUCGUCGCCUCUGUAUUCGUCCGGACCCGUUGACGAUGACAGAGGUUCUAAGUCUGCAGCCGUCGACGACUGCAAGGCUCUUCAUCGCGCGGGAGGAUUUGAUGCUUCGAACGGUUAAGCGCACCCGCGACAGUCUUAGACUGGUAAGUGACUUGAAUGCAUGUCGACUUGAUCCUGUACUCAUCGGUAUUCUACUAGACUCCGUUGUCAGAGGAAGACAUAGAAGAUGUUGCUCGCAAAAACUAUGCAAGAACGCCUUGAGACAGGUGCAUGUAGGGACGCGCUCCUACAGUGCUACUACUGCGUCGCAGCUAUUUCACAGUAGCAUUCCUGAGCUUCCGCUGAAUAGCACUUGA